ACAUUCCGAAUUUUGCACACUGGGGCGCAUCGCGACCGAGUGAUGAACCGAAACAUCUUUGACGCCCUCGCCAUCACAUUGACCAAGGCCAAUGUCACCCAAGGCCAUCGCAGUGCCUUGUACACGAUGGCCAUUGUAAACAAAGAGACACAAGCCAAAGUGACGACGGCGAAAACGGACGGCGACUUUGCAACCCUCACAACACAGAUUUGCAUCGCCCUCGAGCACGGGCACACAUGCGACGCAUUGUGCCCAUGGUUUUAUGUUGAUGUGCAGCAAAAGAUCCCCAAGAAGCACUGGUUUCGUUCGUCCACACACGCUCGUGUCGUUGCCUCCCACUUGAAACAAUACCAAGACAUGAUGAACCUCGUUGUUGCAUUCGUCACGUCGCCGCACAAUCGAUCGUGCUACCGAGCCAUAGAACGUGUCCCCGACGUCCUCCACGAAUUCCUGUUCACAAACUUGACUGUGGACCCCAACAUGUAUACCGCUGCGCCGUUGAAGCAACCGCGGCUAUCUUGCUCGAGUAACUCCAGUCGCUCGUCGGACGGCAUGGUAUUCACCUGCUCGUUAUGUGACCAUGUUGCGGACGAUUGCUGCGGACUGACCAAGUUGCAAUGCGGCCACACUUUCCACGACGAUUGCAUCCUGGAAGCGCUGAAUGCUCGUUUGGCAUGCCCCGACUGCCUCGCCAAUGCCUCAAUCGCGUAGAUCCCAUUUUCAACCCCUAUUUAUGAACCUUUCACAAUCCAAAUCAACGCCGCCGUCUUCUCGAUUUGAAAGCCAAACACUAUCGCGAUGCGCAUAAAUGCGUUCUUAUUUGCAUGUUCCUUGUAUCCUACACAAUAUGAGAAGGAAUUUUCCUUUCCUA